CAAUUUUGAAAAUUCUGGAGCGUCAUUUUGUUCCCCCUUAGUUCUUUUCAAUUGUUCUUUAGAGGCUUCAAGAUGCUUCGCAGCGGUGCCCUUCCGGAAAAGAAAACUGGCGAGAAGUCGCCUAAAAGCGAUGAUUUGACAAAAAACUGCAAACAAUUCUCAUCGGCUAAUGAAACCGAGAUGUCCAGCUUUCAGUUUGAGGCCUUUAGGGUCCCAAUCACCUUUUCUAGCCCGAGGUCUCCCGAAGCUCUCCUCGACUUUAUGGUGGCCACAAUUAAAGCCAAAGAUAUGCGCACGUGCAGCACUUUAGUCAUUUGUCAGCAGAAAGCGGAGGUUCAUCAUGUGGAAUCGGAGCUGGGCAAGCGUAAAAUAAACACAAUGCUGUUGGAAACGGACCAUAUUACUGUCCACCAUAUAGUUCCCCUGUGGGCGCAGCGCUACAUUCAACAUGUUUUAAUUGCCUGCGACGACAAUUUAAUGGUGCUCGAGGGGGUCCCCGUUAAUUUUGUCAUACAUACUGCGCUGCCGCCUGUCGAGAAAUUCAAGGACCGUUUGAGCAUUCUGACUAAAUCGAAAAUUAAUGCAGAAAUGUUGGCCUUUAUCUUGGAUGACCCCGAAGAGGAAAUUCGGAGCCUGCAAUCUGAGCCGGAAAAGGAAAAUGGUAAGACUCCAAAGUUGGUGGUUAAACUAUUUAACAAAAGACUGGAACAGGAGACUUCUGAUAUUGCUCAUGGUACUCGUGCCCUUAAUCCAGAGAAUAGAUGGCCAAAAGAUGUGUCGGCUAUGGUGCCACAAGAAUCUGAAAUUGAAGGAUGGGAAACUCCACCAGAAACUCAAGCAGUUCAUUUCGAGCAUGCUGAAAGCAUUCAACGCCAAAUGGAAUUGAUUUCAGAGGCGAGCAGCAGACUUGGUAAAGCCUCCCCUCCUGAGGAAUCCAUCAAAGACAAAAGAUCCCCAACAGCUGCUGAAAUAGCUUCGGAGAGGGAUGGAAUGACCCAGGCACAAUUUGGCGUUCUGGUCUGGAGUCGUGAUGUGAUCGUUCCUUGUUAUGAUAUAAGUGGCGUGGUGGACUUGAAUCCUUCAAUUCGGGAUACCAUGACGGCAAUGAUGGGGGAUAUGAGAGAUCGCCAGGCUCGGGGCAUUCAAAGAUACGCCUGGCCACAUGUGUCGUGUGGAAAAUCCCUAGUCGCUGUGGGACCUGAGAGGAUCGGCAAAACCUGGUGCUUCCUGCCCAGCCUGUGCCAACGAACCUAUGAGCAGAUGCUCCUUUGCUCCAAAAAGGCGUAUGGGCCCACCAGCAUUGUGGUUUCCCUUAAUAAGCAGCAGGGAAACCAAAUUUUGCAUUGGAUCAUUAAGCUUUUGGACCCGCUGACCACUGCGGGUUGUAUUUGUUUUGAACAGGUCGUCACCCUGUGGGAAAAGGGAAAUGUUCAAGAGGUGGCUGAUAGACUGAGCCGUUCCGUGGGUAUCCUUGUCACCACACCGGAAAUGCUGGUCUUGCUGAAAAAAUUGCAUACCAGAGAGACACCUAUUUUCGAUGCGAACUCGGUCAAGUGUCUGGUCCUGGACAACCUCUCCGACAUGAUGCGCCAUUUGCCGGAUACUACAGAGAAAAUGGUCGACUGGAUCAUACAGUUUUUGAACUUUGGCGCUAAAGGGUGCCAACUGUUUAUCACCACACGCCUCUGGCCGGAAACACUAAUGCGAAAGAGCCUGCUGCCACUUGUGCCCGAUGUUCUUAUCGUCUUUAAGGACCCCCUUGAGGCCACUAUCUAUGGCAGAGCAAGCCUAGAAGUAAACGUGAUUACACCGGGCGAGGAGAGCCGUGCUGUGGUUCAGAUGCUCCAAAACCGGAGUCUUAACGAGGACCGAAUCGUUGUCAUGUGCCAAACCAAGGAAGAAGUGCUAGAUCUCAAAUAUAAGCUGACGAAGGCAGGCAUCCAAGCGCAGGGCAUAUACUCCGACAGUGGUCUAUUGAUGAUCAGCCAGUGGAGACAGAAGAGGCUGGCCUUCGUUCUCUUGAUCACGGAUGAUAUGGUGAAUAAGAUGAAGUGCGGUCCUAUUGAUCAAAUCAUCCACUACACCCCCGCCAUCAGCUGGAUGAGGUUCAAAUUUCGGUUUUCAAUGUUUUAUAGUAAUUACGUAUCAUCUGUGGAAGGUCCAGGCAAAUCCGUGGUACUGCUGCAGCGGAACAACUUCGAACGCAUCUGGCUUCUGGCCGACUUCAUGAUAUGGCACCAACUUCCCCGUCCCGAUCACUGCCUGCGGGUCCUGGCGGAAAAUCGCCAGAUGAAGGAUAAACCAAGCUCGGAGCUGGCGAAACUUUCUCUGUGCGAGCAAAUAGCCACCUAUGGGAAUUGUUUCCGCUGGUCGUGUCGUUAUCGGCACGUGAUGUGGAAGGAGGAGGUACAGCCGCCAGCUAACUACCCCACCGAGGGACAUUUUCGCUUCCAAGUGCUGACUUGCAACAGCCCAGCCCAUAUAGCGGUCCGUCUGAAUGAACUAUAUCCCACGAAGAUAGCUUUCCUUAAUACACCGAUGACCCAGCUAUGCCACGAAAUUCAUGUGUACUACGAGCUAGAGCAGAACCGGCGCCAGCACACAAAACCAAAGGUUGGGGAGAUUGUUAUCGUGCGGAAUCUGAAGCGGUAUGAGAGAGUUGUCAUCACCGGAACGGACAUUAACAAGAUAACAGUACGGCUGCUGGACACAGGAAUCGAAGUCCUCACUUACAAACCCAGCCAGAUUUUCAUAUGCGAAGAGCGUCACCAGAACAAGCCCUACCAGGCAAUGGAAGUGCGUCUAAUUGGCAUCGAGCCGAAUACCAUAGAUCGGAUCUGGACCAAGGAUAUGCGUGAUGUGGUGCGCUGCUGUUUCUUUAGCCGCCUACAGGAACAGCACAAGCGUAUCUUCUCUGCCCGCGUAAAAUUUGUCCUGUCGCGAACCAUCUUCGUGGAGACUGUGGUCGAUGACAAGGGACAGGAUCUGCGAAGUUUUCUUCUGGAUCGAUUCCGCGUCCGCGAGGAGGCCAUGUCUAUGGAGAAGCUUAUGAAUAUUGUGGAUGAGUCCCAACCUACCCCAAAAGAUUCGUAAUAUUCUUUUAUUUUGACUUUUAUCUCUGCAUUCUUCAAUCAUUAUGCUUUGCUUUAGUUUGUUAAGUAAAGCAAAUCAUUUCUAGAUAUCUUCGAGUCCUGAAAUCCAUAUUUUUAAGGCUUGUUUACAAGUGUUUUUAUUUCUUCGACAUGGUGUUAGAUCAAUAUCUAACUAUUUAUUAUUUCG